AUGGAACGCGCAAAUAAACCCACCGCCAUUCCUGUCUCCUCGCCUCUUCCGCAGCCCUCAAUCUCCGUAGAAGAGGACAAGGUCCAGGCGUCGCUAGCCUCGGGCGACUCCGUCAUCGUCAAUCUUUUGGGAGCCACAGUCGUGUCAUGGAAACUUGCCAAUGGCGACGAGCAGCUAUUUCUGAGCAAAAAAGCCGUUUUGGAUGGCUCUAAACCCAUCCGUGGGGGUAUCCCGUUGGUUUUUCCUGUUUUCGGCCCCCCGCCUAAGGACCAUGCGACUUCCGCGCUUCCCCAGCACGGAUUUGCUCGUAACUCAUAUUGGGAAUUCCUGGGGAAAUCAACUUCGGAAUCGGAGGGACAGAAUGGCGAUAGCAGUGUUAAGCUUGACUUUGGCUUGUCAGCAGGCAUGUUGAGUGACAAAUUCAAAAGCGAUUGGCCGAAUGAUUUUGGACUGGUGUACAGUGUCACGUUGAGCAAGGGCAGUCUGGGAACGUCCCUGCAGGUCCAGAAUAAGGGAUCACAACCAUUUGAGUUUCAGGUUCUGCUCCAUUCGUACUUCAAGGUUGAGGACAUCACAAAAAUCCGCAUUCUAAACCUCCAAUCCAAAACAUACGUCGACAAAAUUCUCAACGCAUCAACCCACGUCGAAUCUUCCCCGGCCCUUGCAAUCACCCAAGAAAUAGAUCGGGUCUAUCAAUCUCUUAACCCAACAGUUCCAAUCGUCGUCGCAGACGACGACAACAACCCCGUUUUCUCCAUCUACCGCGAAUCUCUUAAUGACAUCGUGGUCUGGAAUCCUUGGAUCGAGAAGGCGAAAGGAAUGGCCGAUUUCGCCCCUGAUGACGGCUAUAAGAAUAUGAUAUGUGUUGAGGCGGGUUCUGUGAUGGGGUGGCAGACGUUAGAAGCGGGAGAGUCUUGGGAGUGCGGACAGACGGUGAAGAGUAAGCGUUGAGGGUUCAUUCCUAUCGUGAGAUGCAUUCCUGCUUGUGACGAUGAAGUGUGCUGGGGUGGGAAACUAUCUCAGUGUCUAGGAUGGGAAUGGUGGGAUUGUUUCGGUGAGUUGGGGGUAUCCAAAGUAUUAGUGUUGUUCCAAGGACGCAUCUUCGUUAUAUGUUGGUUCAUACGUUGAAUAUUCUCUCCGCCGUUAGUCUCCCGAACACAGCACGCCUUCCAGGAUUGUUAGUGUUGGAAAUGGAAAUAUUACUGAUGACAAUGGAUAACGCUGAACAAACUUACUGGGUUCGUAAAAUAUUUUAUUCAGCUUUUCUUUAAACGGAUAUUCAUAGAUAUGAUUGGUUGUUAGGUGGACGUAUAUUGAACCUAGAUAUCUCUAGAGGG